AUUAACAUAAUUUUCAUAGUCACAAUGUAUCAUCUUCGUGAAAAUAUUCCAAUGUUUCUUGGCUAAAAAGUCCAAUUUUUUGCCUUUUUCAUCGUUGAAUUGCCGUAAUAUCUCGUCCAGAAAUAAAAGAAACUAUAUGGAUGUCGUAGAAACGGAAAAUAGCAACGAUAGCACGGACAAAAUUAAGGAAAAAGUGCGUGUUGUUAGUUUGGAAGAUCCGAGUAUCAUAGCUUCGGAGUUUGCUGGGAAUUCGAAUAGCAGUGUUUGGUCGCUUUGUGGACUAAAUUCAGACGAUCACGAUGUGGAUUUAGGGGACAUUUCGCCUUCGAUAAGUCCCAUAUUCACGGAGCAGCAAAUGGCAGACCAUUUACGAGAGAGGCUCAUGAAUGAAGAUCAUAUAUUCACAGGAGAGCAUGCGUCCGAAACACGGUUAAACGAUAAUUCUAGACCUUCGUCUGAUUUGCAAAGUCAUUUGGAGCUUUUUAAACGCGAGAUGAAGAGCCUUGAAAGCGACGAUAGCGGCGAUGAAUGUAAAUUGAAAAAGGAGGGAGAUUUGCCCAGAGACGGGGGUCAUUUAGCAACCAAAAUACCGGGCAAAAGUUCUCCCCGUAAACGCGGGGUAACCACGAGUGCUGAACAGGAAGCUGGCAUCGCAUUACGGACCAGAAAUCGGAGAACCAAGCAAGCUGGUGGAGUGAAAGUUGACCCAGAUUCUGAAAAGAAUUAUAAUAAAAUUGAAAGCAAAGAUAAGGAGAAUUUAGGCAAAGGGAAUGGGAUGGAUGAGAAAUCAGAAAGGGCAGAUGAGAAACCUGAAACUGUGAAUCAAACUGAUCAGAUCAAACUCGACCAAAGUGAUAAAGGUACAGCAGAAGGUUCUAUAUCAAACAGUUUUGCUGAAGAUAUGGAAAGUCAAACAAGUGGAGAUGCUGGUGUGAACAUUGCCAAGCCUGGUACGCAAGCGAAUUCGCCCAAUAAAAGAGUCACUCGGAGCACAACAGGAAAUUUGAAGCCAAAGCAACAAUUUGAUGAGAUUCAGGAGAAGGAAGAAAUGAAACAUAACAAGAUGAAAGAAGGAAAAGCAAAACAAAUUGGGAAGAAAGGAAAGAACAGUGAUGGAGGUGAAAACAAGGAUGAUGACAAAGAUAAAUCAACCAAGGAAGGGAAGAAGGGGAAAGAUGAUGGAGUUUUGUCAGAGAAGGGAAGUAAUGAUAAGGAAAGUGGCGAUGAGUCUUUGUCUGAUGGGGAUGAAGUAGAUUUUCACGAAGAUGACUCGGACUAUAGUCCUGAAGAUGACCCUGAUAGACCCUGGUGUAUCUGCAGAAAACCUCAUGGCAAUAAGUUCAUGAUUUGUUGUGAUGGUUGUGAAGAAUGGUUUCAUGGGAAGUGUGUGGGUAUCACAAUGGAAAAGGGAAGAGUUAUGGAAAGACAAGGAAAGGAAUAUGUCUGUGAUAAAUGUAAAGAGAAAAAGAUGAAAGAGUUGUUGAUGGCUGAGAAAGCGAGGGAAUUUGCAGAAACGAUAAAGAUUAAACCAGACACAACGACACAGGAGGAGCCAAAGAAACCCAGACCGAAACGGAGGUUUUCUUCAAAUAAUGUCGUUGAACCCGACUCCAGCGAGAAACCAACGCAAGAUUCUUCGCCAUCACAAUCUGAUGAAGUUAAGAAGAAGAGGGUAAAAGAUCCACCUGGAUUUAAGAUCCCGAAAAAGGUGCGAACGACACCCACACCUGUGUCCCACUCCACCGUUCAAGCCCCAAAGAAAUGUAUUGUCGAAGGCUGUCCAAAAACCUCAUUUGAAGGCGCUGUUUACUGCGGGCGAAGUUGUAUUGAAAGGCACGUGAGCGAAGCUGUUAAGAUGUUAACCUCAAAGGAACACGGUGGAAAACUGCAUACAUCUGAAGGAAAUCGUGUUUCCAUGAUUGAGAAAUCCUCAGGACGUCUUGUGGCGGGAAUGGCAGCGCCCGUCGUUACGAAUUUGACGGACUGGAUCCUAAAGAAUCCUUCGUUUCAAGUUCUCGUCUCGGGAACCAGUCCCACAACGCAACCGUCAUCAUCGUUUUAUAACAAAGUUAAUGCAGAGUCGAAACAAAAGAAGGAAAUCGACAAAAAAAGCGAAGAGGAAACGGUUCGUAGUAAUGUGCGAAGAAUGAUGAAGGAUAUCUUAGUGGAAAGGAAAAAAGAAUCGAGCGAUAUUCGCAUUUCAGUCGAAGAAAUAAUGAAGUUGGUUCGCAAGAUCGAGGAAGACAUGUACAAGGCAUUCAAGGAUACAAGCCACAGAUACAAAGCGAAAUAUCGGACGUUAAUGUUCAACCUGAGAGAUCCCCGUAAUAAAGUUCUUUACCGGCGUGUUUUGACGGGUGAUAUUAAUCCUGAUAAACUAAUCUGGAUGACGUCAGAUGAACUGGCCACAAAAGAACUCGCUCAAUGGCGUGAGCAGGAAACUAAACACAUGAUUGACAUGAUCAGAAAGGAAGAGGAAAAUACCAACAAGGCACGUUUCAUCAAGAAAACUCACAAAGGAGAAGUUGAUAUGGGAGACGACGAGGACUUGAGCACAUUGGAGGCGACGAAUAUCAAGGAAGUUCAGGAAAAGAAGCCGAAGGUGGAGGAGAAGGUGGAAACACCGGUUACCGACACGACCGAGGAACAUCGCGCACAUUUGUUUGAUCUCAAUUGUAAAAUAUGCACUGGAAAGAUGGCGCCUCCGGGUGAAAUUGCAGGAAAGUCGCCGUCGAUGUCUAAUGUUCCAAUUCAAGCCGCUGCUGAAAGCUCCAUUCCUUCCCCACCUCCAGUUCAAGAACCUUCCACGUACACAGAGCCUUUAUCGCCAGAUUCUCGAAGCACCACUCCGGAUUUCUCCAACGCCACAAGCAAAGCAAAAGAGACGAGCGUGUGGAAAGGUUUUGUCAUGAUGCAAAAUGUUGCUAAGUUCGGUACAAAUGCUUUUCUUGUGUCAGGAUCUGGAGACAAUCUUAUCCAGGUUCUACCAGACACCUUGCACGUCCAUGGUCGUAUUGCCCAUAAACACGUCUGGGAUUAUGUUAAACAAUGCAAGACUUCAUCGUCACGGGAGUUGUGUAUUAUUCGUUUUGCGGCCGCUUCUGACGAGGAAAAGAUCAGCUAUGUUUCAUUAUAUUCGUACUUCCACAGUCGAAAGAGAUGUGGAGUUAUUGGAAAUUGCUAUAGUGGUGUGAAGGACAUGUAUCUUGUACCUCUUGCCUCUCACGAACCAAUUCCAUCUCAUUUGCUACCAUUCAGUGGCCCAGGUCUUCAGGAGCCACGACCCCAUAUGUUGCUUGGUUUGAUAGUGAAGAAUAAGAGCAUUCCUGCCAAGCGAUCCCGCUCUGGGUCAGACCGUGUCUCCUCCAAGACUCAGUCGAUCGAACCGCCUACAAAACGUACGAGUAUCGACGACCCGUCCCCCAAGAGCAGCACCUCAUCUUCCCAACCCACGACUGCAAAACCCAGCGACUCCCCAGUCGAUGAAAUUGAGGAUAUAGUGUUUCAUUAUCACAAUUCGCAAGGAACAAAACCUGAAUCGAAACCCGCACAGCCUGCAAAACCUACACAGCCCGCGAGCAUUCCUCCUAUGAUCUCCGCCUUGUUGAAAAUUCAAGAACAGGAAAAGAAGCUUCGAGAAUUGCAAAAACAGUCGGAACUUUUGGAGAAAGAGCUCGCGCCGAUAAACAGUGUCGGGACUCCAGUGGGUUUGGGACAAUCCAGUGCUGUUAGCGGUCAAGGAGCUGAUCUAAUGCCUACCGCUUCUAAUCAUCUCCCUGAAGAAAUACCAAAGAUGGCAGCAGGACCGGCCAAAAGUUCUAACACUACGGCUUAUCCCCCUGGGGCUGGCUUUUCCCCCGCCGUUCCAUUUCUCUCAGUUGAUGGACCUCAAAGAGGCAAUAUUUAUCCCAUUGAAGGAACGUCCAAUAUUCCUCAGUCUGUUGCAAGUCAACAAGUUACGAAAGCGAACGAUGCUGAUAACGAGCCAUACGAUCCUGAGACGGCGAACAACGAGGAGGCACCGUACGACCCCGAGGAUAUGGAUACGAUGGAUUUAGGUUUGGACGAGACUUCUAGUCCUGAAAAGUGCGCCGCUGUUUUAACUCAGCCACCGACUUCUUUAGACAACUUGGCUGUGGCAAGUCAAAUUGCGUCUACAAUUGUUAAGCAAACUCUAGCAGGGUCAACGGUUGCUGGAAGUUUACAGCAAAGCAUCUUAUCAAAUACUAUCGGAAAACCACAGGCUGAAAGUUUGGUUAAAACUUUAGUCGAGCACGUGAAGAAACAGCCGAACGCGACUUCCGAGAUUUCACUAAAAUCGUCUGAGCAAAACAUUACCCAACGUUCAAUCCCGAAAGAGUUGGAGGAGAAAGUACAAUCUCUUCUCAAACCUGAGCAUAGCGGAUUGGCAAAACAAACUGACAAAAAAUCUGGAAUACCAUCCAAUAAUCUUGGCGAGUCAGGAGCAGAUCGAAGGGACCCAGGGCCAGGGGUCUACCAUCAUACUAGAGACUUUCCAGAAAAGCGAGAUUUCCCAGAAAGGAGAGAAUUCCUAGAAAGGCGGGGCCCCAGUUACAACGAUGGUCGGGAUGAUCCGAAGUUCUAUUCGUCAAGAUUUUCACUGAGACACGGUGGGGAUGAGAGAGGUGGUCACAAUAGAGGAGGUGGCCACGUUAGAGGAGGGGGCAGUCACAGGCCAGGAUAUGACCGGGAUUAUAGAUCGAGGGAUGAUCGUGAGGAUGAAAGACAUUGGGACGAUCGAGGCGAUGGCAGACGAAGAAAUGAUCAUUUUCAUAGAAAUAGAGAUAGAUACCAGCGGGAUCGUAAUUGGAGGCGGUGACAUGACAACAGAUAAGAAAAUAUUUUAAAAUGUUUGAAGUAGAGAGGUUAAUGGGGAGUACGUUGGGUAAAUGAAUGGUUUUAUUAGGAUGCAUGAGAUUUUCGCUCGGAACUUCCUUAGGUCAAUGAGGAAUAUCAUAGGGUAAUCAGGAAUGCCAACGAGUAACCAAGGGUUUAAUAGGGCAACGAGAUGAUAAUGGGGGUUUUCCAGCAUGCCAAUAGGUUUUCUAUGGUUGUUUGGGGAUAUCUAUGUUAAUUCAUGGAUUCCUAAGGUUAUCAAUGAAUCCCUAGGGUGGUGGGUGAAUCUUUAGGAGCAUAAAUUGUUUCUUAGGGGACAUAAGGAGUUCCAUAAUUCCAUUCAAUCCAUUGACAAAAAAGAACCUUCAUUUUUGCUUAAAACUUCAACCUGAAAAAAACAACUUAGUGGUUGCUAAUCUGUGCUUCAAACUAGUUUUAAAAGAUGUUUUAUUCCGUAUAUGAACUCCUCGUUCACCUCUCUUCUGAAAACACUAAAAGUAAAUGCUACAGCUAAGCAAAUUCAUAUUGUAAAAGACAAAGCUAUUUAGAUGUAUCAUCAUAGACAUGGCUUUUUAGGACAUUUUAUGCAGCAAAAAAACUUAUAUGAGUUUAUCUCUAAGACAUAUAAAUAUCCUAUAGAGAAUAGUUAUAGUUAUAACAUUAACAUUGAGUCUCAGUUUUAUCAUGGCAACAUAUCACGUUCAUUGAAAUUCAUCAAUAAACAAAUCAAGAAGAC